AUGACGAACACAUUUGUUCCAGGGACGGCUAGUGGGGACAUUUUAAAUUAGCAAACUGCGCUAAAGCGGUCGGAAAGUCGACAACACAACAGUUAUUCAAUAAAAUUUUAGUUAACUCCAUAUUUUCCUGAUGAAUAUGGCGCUGCGAGCCUGAGAUGUUUCGGAGAACACACACAUGAGGACAGAUUUGAACCAGGUCACCGGCCCCGUUUAUCACCAAUCAACUGCCACUUCAGAGACUCCGCCCCUGGCCCCGCCAUCCAGAGAUGACUGAUGCUCAGAAGGCCAACGAGCUCCCUGAAUGCACCACAGAGGGUGGUGCCACAACAGAAGAGCAGGACAUGCCCCUGAGACAAGAGACCACGCCCACCAGCUCGCCGACGUGCGAAGAACCAAUCAGCUCUCAGAGUCCUGACAAACAGCCCACCCCCAGCCUGCUCUCCAUGCCGUGCUUACUAGACGAGCUUCAUAGAGACUCCGCCGCCGGGCAGCCGCAUGAAACAGACCCGCCUCUGGCCGCCAACCAGUCCUGCGCACAGGAAGACAGCGACUCCUCCGUCUGCCAGCGGUCGCCUUCCUCCUCCGGUCACCUGGGAGACUCCGACUCGUCGGCAGACGAAGCUCCGGCGCCCGUUCAAAUGGGCGGCAGGAAGUCACGGCGCUCGCAUUCUGAGAGUGACACGCCCUCCGUGACAAUGGCGGCCAAGAAGAACCGCUGCCAUCAGAAGCAGGUAAACGGGCGCGUGCGCGUCAGAGCCCCGCGCAGCCAGCAGCAGAAGCAGCGCAUGCGACAGCUGCGGCAGAAACGUGAGGCUGCGGCGAGACGCAAACCUGACGUGCUUCAGGACAGCAGCACCAGCGACAGCGACAUCACAGCCCACUCAUCCUCGUCCUCGCCACUAACGGCCUCGUCCGACAACGAUGGAGAGAGAGUCAACUCUCAUGCACCAGUGGGUCCUGCAGUGAUUGGACACUAUGAUAUUUCAGACACUCACUCCGAACAGGAACAGCAGUCGCAGUCGCUCUCAGGUGCAGUUCCUGCAGUAGAAGUCCAGCCGUCUCAGGUGAGUCUGGCGUCCACAGACAGUGAAGUGGAGAUCGUUGGAGUUCAAGAGAACGCCGGCGUGGUCUCCAGGUUUCCUCGUGGUGGAGUCAUCCAGUCGCUUUCUUCCUGGAAGCAGAGAGCUCCGGCUCAGUGGACGUCCGUCUCGGCGCAGUCCGUCUGGGUUCCUCCUCCUGAGGUGGUGGAUCUGACACUGGAUGAAGACCGCCACAGAUACCUGCUGUGAUCAAACACACUCACACGCUUAGAUACACACUCAUAUACAUGUGUCUGGUGGGCCGAGUGACUCAAACCAGAACACAGAACGAUGCUUUCAUUAAAUGAAAAACACUUCAAACUGCUCAAUGUUUGCUUCUGAUACACUUUGAUAUUGCCUGAUGAAUUACUUGCUACUGUGAGACAGCAAUGUGAAUAAAUGACAGCAGAUUUUAUCGGGUGGUAAUGGUUAAUGAGCAAAUACCCAUGAUAAACGUCAUACUGGUCUGAGAUAAAAACCAAAUAUGGGGCUUCCUUAUAGAAAUUAAUACUCAAUGUCAAUGGGUGAAUCUCACAAAAAAUGGUCAUAUUUCACUCCAAAAUCAAGACGAGCCAUAAACAAUCAAGACUAUUAAGAUUUUUUAAUUGACAUUUAUUGAUAGUCAUUUUUUAAAAAGACCAUCAUUUGAAAUAGUUAAAAUGUAAUGAUUUGAUUUUAAAAAAAAAGUAAUUGUGUUAUAUUAUUAAAAUAAUUUUCUCCUUGUCAAUGUUUUCUGUAAUGCUGUAAUCCAUGGAUGCUCUACGUUAGACUGUUUAUGAACAUGUCAAAUUUAGAAAAUACCCUGUUUAUUUCUUUAUUUCUUUCUAUUGAUUUUGGGGCAUUUUUGUGAGAUUCAGCCAAAGAAAGUUUAAUCGCUCAUUUCAUAAUGGCAAAUGGGGGAUGUUUUACUUUAUCACAACCUGAGAUUUCAACGUCUUCUCUUCUUUUGAGUCACUUCGCCCCCCCAAAAAAACAGCCACACUUACAUGAUCCUGCUGUCGUCCUCAGGAGUCACUUGCUGAACCACCCCAACCCGUUUUUGUGAUGUAACUUCCUGUUUAGCUGCUGAAGAGCUGUUAGCCGAGACCUGCUGGUCUUACUUAGCGAGCGCCCCACUGCUCUGUGUUUGUUUGUGUGUGUGUGAGUGUGUGUGAGAGAGAGAUUGUGUGUGUGUUCACGGUCAAUCGUUUGAAGCUGCUCUGCUGUGUGGGGAGAAUCCUUGGAGUGUGUGUUCCUCACCCAAUACUGCUUUCACAGUACAUUUGUGUGUGUGCGAGCGAGUGUGUGUGCCCUGAGCAUUAGAGGUUUUCAGAGCAUGUUCAUACAUCUUGCAUUGUCAUGAAAUGGGUCCUUGCUUUUAUUAUGCCAGUGGAACGUCUUAUUCAAAUACACCCGCAGUCAAACGUUUGGAAUUUUUUAUGUUUUUGAAAGAAGUGUGCUAUGCUCAUCAAGGCUGCUUUUAUUUGAUAAAAAAAAAUAUAGAAAAUUUUUAAUAUUUGUGAUAUAUCAUUAUAAUUUAGAAUAAGCAUCUAUGUAAAUAUGUUUUGAUCAUUGCUGUGAUCCGUAGCUGUAUUUUCAGCAUCAUUAUUCCAGUCUUCUUAUUAUACAAAUAUUCUUAUUCUUAAUAAACCAUUUUUGCUGUGUAAUCAUUUGUUGCAACAGUGAUAAACUACCAUUCAAACGUUUGGGCUAAGGAUUUUUUUAAGGAAGAAAUCAAUACAUUUAUUCAGCAUUAAAUUAAUUACAGGUGACCGUAAAGACAUUUAAAAAUAAAAAUAAUAAGCAGCACAAAUUUCUUCAAAACUGAUGAUGAUAAAUGUUUCUUAAGCAUUAAAUCAGUAAAUCAGAAUGAUUUCUGAAGGAUCAUGUGACACUGAAGACUGGAGGAAUGAUGCUGAAAAUACAGCUGCACAUCACAGAAAUAAAUUACAUUUUAAAAUAUAUUCAAGUAGAACACAGCUAUUUGAAAUGAUAAUAUUUUCUCAAUAUUAGUUACUGUGUUUUAAUCAAAUAAAUAGAGUCUUGGUGGGGAGAAUAGACGUCUUUAAAAAGAAAUAUGAAUAAUUCCAAACUUUCGACCUGUAGUGUAUCUUUUUGUGAAUACAAUCAAUAUGUGAUGAGAAAAAGCAGUGAUUUUUGUUCUAAAUGGUGUCUAAUUUGCGUUUUUAAGCAGUUUAACCACAACUUUUGUUUUAUAUACAUGUUUCUAUGGUUGCAUCAUGCUAUCCCAUACACAACUGAAGCUAUUUAUUGAUACUUGCUGUGUUUUACUUGAUGUUACAUAUAUAAAUCAUUUGUUCAAAGAGCAAUAUGAAUAUGCAUUUUGAAAACUGCGUAUUAAAGGGAUGGUUCACCCAAUAAAUGAAACCUGUCAUCAUUUGUUCACCCUCAUGUCUUUUAAAACCCAUUUGGCUAACUUUCUGCUUGAAGAUGAUUUAAAGAGUAUUCAUGCUGAUUUUUUUUCCAUUCAAAUUUGAUAUGGACUAGUGUUAUGGUGCUUUACUCUCAUUUAUGGAGAUUGAAAGUCACUAUGCGUUCAUCAUAUGGAAAAGAGCAACAUGAAAAUUCUUCAAAACAUCUCCUUUGGUGUUUAUCAGAAGAAAAAGUCCCACAGGUUUUUAUUUGGAUUAAGGGGACUAAAUAAUGACAAGAUGUUCAUUUCUGGGCACACCAUCCCUUUAACUUUGAGUCUUGGCAAUAUAUUCAGUCUGUCUACCGUCAGAUAUAGAGAAAGGUUGGUUUUCUUUAGUUUUUUUCCCUCAUGAUUGUCUCUUGUCAGACCACUGUGUGUGAGGAGCACUCACGACCUGAAUGUGAAUUAUUCUGCUUUUUUUUUAGCUUGUGUAUCACCAUCAAACCCUGCAGGUUUUGAAACUGUGCCGGUGGCCAUUUUGGCUCACUUAGCCCCGCCUUUAACUGUGCCCCGCCCCUCUAAGAGUUUGAUUGGACCUUUGCCUCUGUCAAUCACAGGAAAUGAAUAACAGCUUACUGAAAAAGGGAAAUUGAAGUUGCAAAGCAGGAAAACUGAGAGUAGCAGAGAAAUGUACUUUCUUUAUUUUCAUUUUCUUCCUUAACUAGCUCUCCUGUCAUCUGAAAACAAGAUUUUUUUACACUUUUAAACGCAUCCCUCUGUCAAGCGCAAGCAAUUUCCAUUCUCAAACUCUCAGACUUUAUCUUCUCUGUCCUCAAUAGUGAAGCCAGCUGCUGCCUCAUGUUCAGGCUGCUUUUGUGACGGAAAGGAAGUCCUUUCAGAGUUAAAAUUGGGCACAUCUGUCACUAGUGCCUGUGGACACUAGCAUUCCCAGAAUGUGUGCUAUCUGCUCUUCCUGUGUUAGCAGAGAGCACAGAGACAGUCCUGCACUCUCUGGGAUGAAAGAGAUGGUUUCGGAGCUGAUGCUUUAUAGGGAUAGUUCACAUAUAAAACUAAAAUCAUCAUCAUUGAAUCGCUCUCGUGUUGUUCUAAACCUGUACAACACAAAAGAUGGCGACAGAUGCUGUAAAUCUCCAAAAGUGACAUUAAACCACUACUAAACUAGUUCAUGCAAAUUUAAUGAAUUGUUUAAGGAAAAUGUUCUUAUACGGAGCUCUCAAAUCUCAUUUUCACUUAUGCAUAUUCAUACGUAUGGUCUGUAUACAGUAAUGUUCUAAAGGGGUCAGUGCUUUUUAAGGGAAUUGAUUGUUUUAUUCUGCAAGGCUGCAUUAAAUUGUUUGAAAGUUACUGUAAAGAUAUUUAUAAAGUUACAAAAAAAAUUACAAUUCAAAUAAAUUGCUCUUUUCAACGUUCUAUUCAACAAAGAAUCUUGAAAAAAAAAUUAUUAUCCGCAUUGUUUACAACACUGAUAAGUGUGAAGACUGGAGGAAUGAUGCUGAAUAGUCAGCUUUCCAUCACAGGAAUACAUUACAUUUUACCCUAUUCACAUAGAAAACAGUUAUUUUAAAUUGUACAAAUAUUUCAUAAUAAUACAAAUUUUUAAGCAAAUAAAUGCAGCCUUGAUAAGAAGGAGAGACAUCUAUCAAACAUAUUAAUCUUAAGUUCCAGAAGUGCAUUUAAUUAUAUUUUUGUGCACUGAAAUGCUUUAGAAGUUAUGACAUUUUUGGAGCUCCACAGCAUUAGUUCCCAUUAACUUUCAUUGUAAGGAAGAGAACAUGAUUCUACAAAAUUCUCUCUUUUGGUUUUCCAUGUAUGGCAUUGUACGGGUUUGGAACCACAUUGAACUGAGUUAAAGAUGACAUCUGAACUAUUCCAGAUGUUGUCAAAUGUUCUCGCCGAUGUACCUGGCUUUUUAUUUCUUAGCAUUUCUAAAUGUUAUGUUUCAGAUUUCAUAGCAUUGUGCUGGUGCAACUGAACAUCAUUCUGAUGACAUCCUCCUCCUCCUCCUCGCCUGUGUUUUGUCUCCAAUCAUGUGUCUAGUGUUUCCUGUUGGAAUGUUUAGUAAUUUGAGACGGAUUAAAGAAUCCUAAAACACCAAGAACAGAGGGACAGACCUGUGCGACCGAACGUCAUAGAAGUCAUGUGACACGAGGGGUUUGGGUUUUUACUUGGUUUUCCACUGCAUUUGAAAAACACUUUCUCUUUAAUUUAAUCAUGUUACUCUCUUUUUGUUCGUUUCAUUUUGACAGUAUUUUAAAUUAACAGCAAAAGAGUGUUCAUAUUUUUUGCUUACGCAAGUCUUUCUUCCUUAUUACAUUUAUGUAGAAGAAAUAAAACUAUUUUAAGAUAAAUAAAUAGAGAUAUUUAAAGAGUACAA